GCGGCAGAGCGGCGCUGCGCUGCUGACCUUGCGGGCGUCCCCUGUCCCCGUCGAGCGAGCCAGCGAGCCGGGCACCUCUGGGCAGCGCCAUGGCCCCCCGGAAAUUCUUCGUGGGCGGGAACUGGAAGAUGAACGGCGACAAGAAGAGCCUGGGGGAGCUCGUCCAGACCCUCAACGCCGCCAAAGUCCCGGCGGACACCGAGGUGGUCUGUGGUGCCCCUUCCAUCUACCUUGACUUUGCCCGCCAGAAGCUUGAUGCCAAGAUUGGUCUGGCUGCCCAGAAUUGUUACAAGGUGUCAAAGGGAGCUUUCACGGGAGAGAUCAGCCCAGCCAUGAUCAAGGAUGUCGGAGUCACCUGGGUCAUCUUGGGACACUCUGAGAGGAGACACAUCUUUGGGGAGUCGGACGAGCUGAUUGGGCAGAAGGUGGCCCACGCCUUGGCUGAGGGGCUCGGUGUGAUUGCCUGUAUUGGGGAGAAGCUGGACGAGAGAGAAGCGGGCAUCACGGAGAAGGUGGUGUUUGAGCAGACCAAGGCUAUUGCUGAUAACGUGAAAGAUUGGAGCAAAGUGGUUCUCGCUUACGAGCCAGUUUGGGCCAUUGGGACUGGCAAAACGGCAACUCCCCAGCAGGCCCAAGAGGUCCAUGAAAAGCUGAGGGGCUGGCUGAAGAGCAACGUGUCUGAGGCUGUGGCACAGUCCACUCGAAUCAUCUAUGGGGGUUCAGUGACUGGCGGCACCUGCAAGGAACUCGCUUCCCAGCAUGACGUGGAUGGCUUCCUUGUGGGCGGGGCCUCCCUCAAGCCUGAAUUCGUAGACAUCAUCAACGCAAAACACUGAAAUCCGUCUGUGGAGGCUGAAGGUUUGGCAGGAGAGUAGGAGAGCGCUGCCACGAACAGGAGAUCCAUACUGUUAAAAAGAAACACCAAGAAAAGCCACCGAGCGCAAGCUUUGGCCAUCCUCGGCACUUGGGUGCAAAGACCUCACCCUCCGAAUCCCUCUCCUGCCUACCCUUGCUGUAAAUUGUCUGGUGCUGCUGCUGCUAAAUACAACCGUUGCCAAGCAAUGUAUCGGUUAGAUGUGAGCCCUUCUGAAGGCAGGAGGGGGUGUGUGUGUUUGCUUUCCCUGCAGUGCUGCGUGGGGCUUCCCUCCUAGGCCGGCCAUUUGUCCCAACUGUCCUCUGAGGCCCACCUCCCUUCCUGAGGUGGGGGCAUUGCCUCUUCAUUGCAACCAGGGGCUUCUCUGUCACCUGCUGGCUCGUAUUGGUGCAAGAUUGUACAUCUGUUACCCGUAUCUCUCUCUCCCCACCUACAAACCAACCACAAAAAGAAAUAAAGGGAAAGUGAUUGUG